AAGCACAGCCAAACCAACAGCAAUAACUGUGUCACACUCCCCAUACAAAUUAUGACAACAACCCAUCAUUCCCACGCUAUGUAACUCGCAUCCUAUGACCCACCACUCCUAAAUGCUCUCUCAUUCACUACCAACAAUUGGCUAGUGGAGUAUAACCCAAAGUGCCUAAUUAAGAGAGCAACAACAAUGGCGCUUGCUAAUGAAAAAUCUGUGUCUGAUGGCAAGAUUUGGGGUCUUUGUAAACUUCCAUUUUGGCAUUCAAAUAGCAGCUCAGUCGCUGCUUCUUCUUCUUCUUCGUCUUCUUCUUUUAGGCAACAACAACAACAGCAUCUCAAUGGCGUGUCUGUGGAUCAUCAUUCUAAUGUUCAUGCUUCCCUUAAGGUUUCUUCUGUAGCCAAAUCCUUACUUCCAACUCGUCGCAGACUCAGUCUUGAUCCACAAAACAAGCUCUAUUUUCCAUAUGAGCCUGGCAAACAAGUCAAGAGUGCUAUUAGAAUUAAGAACAUUAGCAAGAAUCCUGUAGCCUUCAAGUUUCAAACAACUGGGCCGAAAAGUUGUUAUAUGCGGCCGCCAGGAGGUACUCUUGCUCCUGAUGAAAGCCUUAUUGCAACUGUUUUCAAAUUCGUUGAGCCACCUGAUAAUAACGAGAAACAAGUUGGAAAGAAGAGCAGGGUCAAGUUCAAAGUCAUGAGCUUAAAAGUAAAAGAGGACGUGGAUUAUGUGCCAGAGCUGUUUGACGAACGGAAGGAUGAAGUGGCAGUUGAACAAGUACUGGGUGUUGUUUUCCUUGAUGCUGAACGCCCUUGUCCUGCACUCGAGAAACUUAACCGCCAGCUAGCUGAAGCUGAGGCUGAAGUCGAGGCACGCAAAAGGCCUCCAGAAGAUACGGGUCCAAAGAUUGUUGGGGAAGGUCUUGUUAUAGACGAAUGGAAAGAAAGAAGAGAAAGGUAUCUCGCGAGGCAACAGGUUGAUGGAGUUGAUUCAGUAUAGAAGCUCUCUUUUCUGUGGAUGGUUGAGAAGAAUUUCUAUGAUAAGCAACUGAAUUUUUUCAUGCUACUGUAGUUCAUGGUUUACUCUCUAUCCAUUCGAUCCUGGAUCGUUGCCUUUUGACUCUUGCUUGUAUAUAAGAGAAACUUGGGAAGUUCCUUCCAUAAUUAAUGAACAAUUACCUCCAUUCUGUUUCUUUCCUAA